CCGGUCCGAUAUCCACCAGUUCAGUUCAAUCGUUCAGGAAAACUCGAAGUAACAGUUAAGAAUCAGAAGCUGAAAAUAGUUGCGGGCAGCGCACAAAAAAUUAAAAAAGAAAAAGAAAAAACGAAGGACAACAGAAAGCAAGCAAAAAUCAGCGAAAAUGGGCGGCAGAUUUCUGAUCGUUGCCAUACGAAUUAUACGGGCCAGCGCUCUUAUAUCCCUCAUCCUCCUCUUACUCGCCGCAAUAUCUCUCAUUAUUUACCACAUCGUGAUCGUCAGCAGGGCUUGCCGACGAGCUCUCAGCAGCAAUAUUAACAGAAGCGAUGAGUGCUUCAAAGCCGGCGACGGGCUCUCCCUCGAGGAUCUUGAGAAGCUCCCCUGCUUUGAAUUCUCGACGCCGGACGACGAGAGGGUAAGCGCCAUGAACUGUGCUGUUUGCUUGGAGAGUUUCGAGUUGGGAGAUCUCUGCCGGCUGCUGCCGCUUUGCCGGCAUAGCUUUCAUGCUUAUUGUGCGGAUUGUUGGCUUGUGAGGAACCCCGUCUGCCCAAUUUGCCGGUCAAGCCCCGGCCACCGGCGGGGCGGCGACGAAGUGGGGAUGAGUUAUGAUUAGUUUAUGUUGGUUGAAUAUUCACGCUGCUUUAGGGUAGGUGGAAGCUUGCAGGGAAAGACUUUGGUGGUUAUUUAUGAUUUUAUUUAUGUACAAGUAAAUAAAUUUGAUUUCUGCGGAGUUUAUAAAAAAAGCUGCAAUUUAUUGAAUUAAAUCUAGUUUUAAUAUUAUGAAAGUCAAUAAUGACGGUAUGAUUUGUAAUAAUUUUAUUGACGGUGAGGCAAAUUUAGGGAUAUUUUUGUAAUAUUAAUAGUUUUGCAUUUGCUAACCUCUUUAUAAUAUUUCUUCUGCCUUUUUAAUAGAAA